UGAAGCAUGGGUGAAGGACGGCCAACACUGUAUGCAAAUUUGUGCUAUAAUAAGCAACAGGUCUGAAACUUUCAUUUUUUUUUCUAAGCUAGUAAUCCCAAUGCUACUUUACUGCAAUCACAACAAAAAAGAAAAAAAAGCAAUUUAUAAUAAUCUGGCAAUCCUAAAGCAGGAGGAUUUAAAAGUUGUGAUUUAAGGUAUACCUCGAAAUAAUGGGAAAUAUUAAUGCUAAAGAUCCUGAUUAUUGGAAUGUGCCAGAUGGCCCACCACCUGAAUCAUACAAUGAAUGUUGGAUGAAAUCUAUUCCUGAUGAUAAGAAAAUAUCACAGCUUUCAUUUCCUGGGACACAUAACACAAUGGCCCGUGCUGGAGACCUGUUGUGGGUUUGGUGCCAAAGCCUUUCUUUAAAUACUCAAAUGAGGCUUGGAGUUCGAUUCUUUGACAUUAGAUGUAGACAUUACUAUGACAGUUUGCCUAUCCAUCAUGGAGCCUUCUAUCAAGGUUGUGAUUUUAACUAUGUAGUGUCACAAAUGAUAUCCUACUUGGAAGUCAAUCCAUCUGAAGUGUUUCUGAUGCGAAUUAGGGAGGAACAUGAACCAGAUGGCAAUACCAGGUCUUUCACUGAUACACUAAAGGCAGAAAUGAGUAACUUUCCUCCAGGAAGAUUUUAUUUGCAAGACCACAUUCCAAACAUGAGAGAAUGUCGUGGAAAGAUCAUUGUUUUAAGAGACUUUUCAGAUUACUCUUUUGGAAUUCACUUCAGAUCAACAGAUCUUGAAGACACUUGGAGUGCUGGAGAAGAUGAAAAGUGGGACAAGGUGAAAGCUCAAUUAGAUAAAGCACAGCAAAGCUCAGGUGAUACCCUGUUCAUAACAUUUUCAAGUUUCACAUGUGGUGGCCAAGCACCACGUGAACUAUCACGAAAAAUGAAUCCCAAACUUCAUUCCUACAUUACUGGACGAAAAGGAAGACUAGGAAUUGUUGUUAGUGAUUAUCCUGGACCAAAACUCAUCCGUGAUAUAAUUGAAAGUAAUUGAUGAUAAAAAUUAGUUCAUAUUAAUAUAUUUGCAUUUUAAUAUAACAUUAUAAAAAUUGAACAAUACAGGCUUUGGCAGCAAAGGGUAUCUCUGCAUAAUUAUGAAUGACAUGCCAAAUUAAAAUUGCGGCUUCUCAUUUCUCCUAAAGCAUACAAUUAUAACCAAAUAUUAUUUAAUUAUUUCUGAACAUUUAAGAAAGUCUACAGCUUUUAACAUAAACACUUAAGGACUAGAGAUAUAAUACAUAAUGUAGUCAAAUGAUACAAGACUGAAAGCAAAAAUAAACUUUUAAAG